AUGUCCAUGCUUAACGAUACCUACGCAGGUACGUGUGCUCCCUCGUUAGCCGAACCAAUAGCAAUACCUAUUAAUAAUAGCGCCACAAGUGGUAUUAAUCCAAAUGGAAGUAGUACAGGCACACCUACCACAUCCGCUAACACCCUAACCUUUAAUAAUGAUACUGGAAUUAGGAAAGAUCCAUCAGAACAUCUCGAUACCUCAAAUAGAAAUAUCUUAGCUCCUCCUAAUAACGUUCCCAAACGUGGUCAUAGACAUCGAAGGUCGGCUGCCAUAUCGGGUGAUUUCGAUACUUCUACAUUUCUACAACCUCCAACAAGUAAUUUAAAUUCCCAUUCUUUAUCGAAAUCUUUACCUUCAUCCCCAAUAAGAAACUCGUCUAAUGGGAAUUCCAUCAACGAUUUAUUAUUAGAAUCUUCAUCGCCUAAUAAAUAUAGUCCUUGCAUGGCAAAUUCAGCUUUUUCGAAUCUUCACAAUAAUAUCAACAACAACAAUAAUAGUAAUAAUAAUAAGUUCAAUCCCUCUUCGAAUUUAUCUUCCACACCAAUUAAACUCUACCUAACUGAAGAAACUAGGUUCUCGGAUUCAAAUUCAAAUAUACCUGAUGCUAUGAUAGAUUUAGAUGAUAUAAAUCACCGUCCUUUCAAUUCGUCAUCUUUACCAACUAGUUCAACUGGUAACCAACUUUUCCCCUCCUUGAAUUUACCACCUUUGACACCAACUAAUCAAUCCACCAUCAAGUUCUCUCAUCAUUUACCAAAACAUUCGAUACUUUGUUCCCCUAAAAAGCAAGACGUCAUGAUUGUCGAAGAAAUAACCGAAGAGAAUAACACUUUUCAUUUGGAAGAUGACUCCUUUAUUGAUGACUUGGAAGAUAACGACAGUAGCUAUGAAAACUUGUUGCCCAAUUCAGCUUCACAAAACGAUUAUCAUUCAAUGCUAAUGUCCAAACAUUUGAAUAAUUCUUUGACUUCAAUUCCAACCAAAAAUUCACAAACAUCCUCAUUGGCCUCGUCAACUUCCAAUCAACAGAUUCUAACUUCAAGCUCAAGUCCAAAUCCUUUUUCAAAUGUUAACACCCCUUCAAUCUCCUCUCUUAAGGGAAAAGUUAGAUACCAAUCAUAUUACACCCAAAACUACAAUUAUAAUUACAAUUAUAAUCUACCGUCAACUCCAAAAAAUAAUUCUCAACCACCGUUCACUCAAAGAUUAAACAAUUCGACUUCAAUGUCUCCAAUUAAGCCCUCAAUCAAAUCUCCGUUUAGGUACCAAACCCUUCAAUACGAUCUGCCAGACAACUUCCACACGGAAAAUCACCAACUAGAUAUUGACAUUCAUGUGAGUAGUGAUUGUGAUCUUAGCAGAGAAGGAGAAGCAGUUGAGCAAGAAAAAGACCAAGAAGAAAAAGAUGGUGAAAAUACGAAAGGGAGAAACAAAAACAGCAAGACUAGAAAUUCUGAUUUGAAUUCCGUUCAAAAUCUAUCUCUAGACUCGAACUCAAACACACACAUAAGUUCAAGUUCAACAUUGAAUUUGUCAACCAACUCAAACUCUAACUCUAAGUCGAAAGAAAAAAUUGGCACUUCUAACAGUAUUAAAUUAAAUCAUAAGCACGAACGGUCGAACUCCUUUUUCUCUAUACUCUCAAAAAAGAUAUCCCAUCAUAAACGUAAAUCCUCAACUAUUUCAAAUUAUACGGAGAAAUCAAUUAUCGAACAGCAAACUAAUGAUGAGCUUUUGGGCCUGAAUACAUUCAAUGAUUCAACUUUAAAUGAAGACUAUACAAUCACUCCUGAUUGUUUAGGCGAACCCGGUCCAAUGAUAGAAAUCUCUUCAAAUGAAAUCAAUAAGCAGACUCAUUCAUCCUCUCCCUUGUCGAUUUCCACAUCUUCCUCAAAUGCAAGACCAAACAAUGCAAGCGAUAAUCACUACACUAAGCAUUACCAAAAGCAAUCAUCUUCCCACAAACACAAUUCUAGUCACAACCAUAGCCAUAGCCACAGUCUUAGCCAUGCCAAUACUAAAACGCAUCAUCAUAAGAAGGGCUUAUUUGGCUGGAUGAUAAAGAAAAAAGACAGGGUACACUCUCAAUGA